CCGAUGUGUCCAGGGGGAUGAGAGCAGGUUGAGCAGGUUUUGGAGGUUUUUCGCGUUUAAGCUGUUUUUUCGGACAUGUCUCAGAAUGCAGUGAGGAGAGGAGCUGCAGAGGCUUUCAGAUUUAGCAGAAUUGUGAAUGUAAGGUCGUUUUUGAGCGCGGUUCGCCCGCUGCUGAUUAACGAGCGAAAGUUCUGUGAUGGACUGAAGGACAGCGGAAAGAGCUUCGACCUCUCUUUACUGCAGUUCCUGGUCUGUCCUCUGUCUAAAAACCCUCUCAGGUAUGAUGAAACAACAAAUGAACUAAUCAACGAAGAGCUUGGCAUUGCAUAUCCCAUAAUCGAUGGCAUCCCCAAUAUGAUUCCUCAAGAUGCACGGCUGAUUAAGAAGACAGAGGGAACUGAAGAACCCAGUCAGCCUUAGGUGGAUCUACAGCAUUAGCCGUGUGCUGCUGUCUCUUGCACUAAGUUUAACAAAAACUGCCACAAUGUUGUUUUCCCUCUCUACUGUCACUGUGCUUGUACCAAUUCUGUCCUUAUUUGGACUCAUGUACUCUGCAAGUGUGGAUGAAAACUUCCCAGAGGGAUGUACAAGCUCCAAUAGUGUCUGUUUCUACAGUCUCUUAUUGCCAGUCACUAUUCCUGUUUAUGUGUUUUUCCAUCUGUGGAAAUGGGUGGGAAUCAAGCUGUUCAGACACAAUUAGAACAUUGAUUUAAUUAGAAAUGUAAAUAAAGGUUUAUGUAAACAACAUGACACAUGGUCAAACCUGCUUUCUUAUGAAUAAACAAGCCAUGCUUACAA